AUGGAGCAUGAUUACGAGAGCAUUAACAAGGGAUCCGGUGAAAACCUCGCCUAUUUCCAGCCUGGUGACCCAAAUAACAUGCCAACACAGUGUCAAGGACCCAAGAAUCCCUCUUGCGUCCAGUGCCGUGAAAUGGUCGCCGAUUGGUACUCCGAGGAAUCAAACUUUGACUACAACACGGGCAAAAGCAAGGGAGGGGUAAUCCUACAUUUUACUCAAGUAGUUUGGAAGGAGACCACAGAGCUGGGAAUGGCGACUGCCACCAGCGCAAACAAGUGGUUUUCUGUUGCGCGAUAUAAAAAACGAGGAAAUAUGGGCGAUUCAGAAGCUUUUAAAAAGAAUGUACCAAGGCCUCAGUAG